AUGCUCCACCAAGGCACUAGACAUAAGCUCAACACUGGAGCGAGCAUUCCAGCACUGGGAUUCGGAACUUGGCAAGACAAAGAAGCACAAGAGCCAGCAGUGAUCGCUGCUCUACAGGCUGGUGUGAGGCACAUCGACACCGCAGCUGUAUACGGCACUGAGCCUGCUGUUGGCUCUGCAAUCAAGAAGUCUGGUGUUCCCCGCUCCGAGAUCUUCAUCUGCACGAAAAUCUGGAAUAACUCGCAUGCUCCUGAAGAUGUCGAGGCCGCUCUCGACACAUCUCUUUCGAACCUCGGAACCGAUUAUGUUGACCUCUGGCUGAUGCAUUGGCCAUCGUCUUUUGCCAGUGGCUCGUCGCUCUUCCCUAAGGACUCGAACGGAAAGGUCAAGGCUGGAACCUCGGACUAUGUCGAGACCUACAAGGCCAUGGAGAAGGUCUACAGAUCCGGCAAAGCCAGAGCUAUUGGUGUCUCGAACUUCAGCAAGGCUGAGAUGGAAAGACUGAUCAAAGAAACCAAUGUUGUUCCAGCAGUUCACCAGCUCGAACUCCAUCCAUACCUACAGCAGCCAUCGUUUGCCGAGUUUCACAAAUCUCAGGGCAUCCACGUCACCCAGUACUCGCCUUUCGGAAACAGCAAUGAAGUUUACUCCAAGGGCCAGAAUCUGAGCAAGCUCAUCGAUGAUCCGACUUUAGUCGAAGUUGGAAAGAAGUAUGGCAAGUCUGGCGCGCAAGUAGCAUUGGCUUGGGGAAUUGCUCAUGGCCGCAGUGUCAUUCCCAAGAGCAAGACACCGGCAAGAAUUCAGCAGAAUGUCGAGGGAGACUUUGAACUAUCUGCAGAAGAUGUCAAGAAGGUGGAUGCAAUCGACAGAAAGCUGCGUUUCAACGAUCCAAGUGCGAACUUUGGAUGGAACUUCUAUCAGGACUUGGACGGAAAGGAAGCUUGA